CCCAAAAUAGCUAGCGUCAAAACCAACCACAUGGCUCUCGAAAUGGUUUCUCGACUGGAUGCACUAGUGCAUUAGUAAAGCAUUAUAGAACCCAUUUUUCAUUUUUGGUAAUUAUAGACACUCUCUCUUUUUUCCUCCCUUGAAAGACAUCAAUUGUUGGAAGCGAAAAUGAGAAUGAGAUUGACACUAAAGUUGCUGAUUCCGGUUCUGCUUGUAUUGCGUUAUUUUGCUGACUCUGCCUCCGUUGUAAAGUUCCUUCCUGGUUUUGAAGGUCCUCUUCCUUUUGAACUUGAAACGGGGUACAUUGGUCUUGGUGAGGAAGAGGAACUACAAAUGUUCUACUAUUUCAUUAAGUCUGAGAAUAAUCCACAAGAAGACCCUCUUCUUAUUUGGUUAACUGGAGGACCUGGAUGUUCUUCUCUUUUUGGUCUUGUUUUUGAGAACGGGCCUUUAGCUUUGAAGUUCGAGGUUUACAAUGGAAGUCUCCCUUCUUUAGUCUCCACUACAUAUUCAUGGACAAAGAUGGCGAACAUGAUAUUCUUGGAUCAGCCUGUUGGAUCUGGUUUCUCCUACUCAAGAACUCCACUUGUUGAUAAAGUUAGUGACACAGGUGAAGUUAAGAGGAUUCAUGAGUUUCUUCAAAAGUGGCUAAGCAAGCAUCCACAAUUUUACGCGAACCCAUUUUACGUUGCCGGAGAUUCUUAUUCUGGUAUGAUUGUUCCGCCCGUCGUUCAAGAAAUCUCAAAAGGAAAUUAUAUAUGUUGCAAGCCUCUAAUAAACCUACAGGUCAUUGAUAUAUACUUUUCGUAUUUUCUAUCAACGGAAUGUAUUUAUUAUGCAUAUUUUUUUAUAAAAAAACAGGGCUAUAUUCUUGGAAACCCAGUGACAGAUACUAAAUUGGAACACAACUAUCUUAUUCCAUUUGCUUAUGGAAUGGCGUUAAUCUCGGAAGAACUCUAUGAGUCAAUGAAAAAAAUCUGCAAAGGAAGCUAUGGAAAUGUGGACUCACUUAACACGGAAUGCUUGAAACUCACUGAAAUUUACCAAAAGUGUACCGACAGAUUGAAUAAAUACCAUAUAUUACUACCGGAUUGCCAUAAGACAUCUCCUGAUUGCCAUCUAUAUAAAUAUUUUCUCCUUGAAAAGUGGGCCAAUAACGAGAGAGUUCACAAAGCUCUUCAUGUUAAUAAGGGGAGUAUAGGGGAAUGGAGGCAAUGUAAUUAUGAUGGUAUUUCGUAUAAAUAUGACAUUCAGAGCAGUGUACCAUACCACAAGAAUAACAGCAUUAAUGGUUUCCGAUCUCUUAUCUUCAGUGGUGAUCAUGAUAUGACGGUGCCUUUCCUUGCAACUCAAGCCUGGAUAAGAUCUCUCAACUACUCCAUCAUUGAUGACUGGAGGCCUUGGAUGAUGAACGAUCAAAUCGCUGGGUAUACAUUAUUGUGUUGUUUUUCUUGGUCAUUUAUUUUUUCAUCGGUGAUCGUAUCACAAGCUUGUCAAAACUCACGUAAAACCAUCAUUGCGUUUCUCUUGACAGAUACACGAGAACUUAUGCCAAUAAGAUGACAUUUGCUACUGUCAAGGGAGGUGGACACACGGCAGACUAUAAACCCGAUGAGACAUUUAUCAUGUUCAAAAGGUGGAUCAGUGGCCAGCCUUUGUAAUAGAGUCCUUUAGGUAUUAAAAUGAUUUGUAUAACAACAUAAGCAGUUUCAUGUUUUGGGACAUAUUUUGUCAAGAGCCAUUUGGAUCCGUAUGGUGAUCGAUAAAAAAAAAAUAAGAACCAGUAUUGUGAUGGCUUUGUGCAAA